AUGAAGAUUGCAAAAUCGUUUUGCCUGCUCUUCGUUGCUUUCGUGGCUGUUGUCGCCCAUGAUGUGAAGGACAACCAACACGAACGAGAACGAUCCUCUUCUAACGUGGAAGCAAAGCAAAUCCGCACCAAAGAGGAUGCUCGAACCGAGCACACUGGGGCUAGAAACGAAGUUCAUCCCAAUGCAAAGCAUACUCGCACCAAAGAGGAUGCCCGAACCGAGCACACUGGGGCUAGAAACGAAGUUCAUCCCAAUGCAAAGCAUACUCGCACCAAAGAGGAUGCCCGAACCGAGCACACUGGGGCUAGAAACGAAGUUCAUUCCGAAACAAAACAUACUCGCACCAAAGACGAUGCCCGAGCAUCACUUACACCCCCCGAUAUGCUGUGUGAGUAUGACUACUAUGGAGAAUGCGGUGGUUAUAUAUGUGAUGGAAUCUGCGUAGUCGCACAGCCUGAUGGUUCUACGUGUGAUUAUAACGAAGGAUGCUACACUUGGAAAUGUGUGCAUAACGUUUGCGAGCAUUCGGAUCAUGGAGACUCUGGUGACGCUUGUGACGACAACGAAGACUGCCAAUAUGACUUGGAAUGUGCAAGUGAUGGAUUCUGUGUACCCCGUGCGUGUGAUUCUAACUUUUCCUGCGGUAGUGGAAAAUGUGUGCAUAACGUUUGCAAAGAUUGGGAUCAUGGAGCCGCCGAUGAGGAUUGUGACGACAACCAAGACUGCGUGUAUCCCUUAGUAUGUGCAGCUGAUGGAACCUGCGCGGCCGCCAAGCUUGCUGGUGCUGCGUGUGAGACUAACUCUAUCUGCGAGAGUGGAAAAUGUGUUCAUAAUGUUUGCAAGGAUUCGGAUCACGGAGACUCUGGCGACGCUUGCGAUGACUUAUAUGACUGCAGCUAUGGCUUGGAAUGUGCGAGUGAUGGAACCUGUGUACCCAGUGCGUGCGAUUCUAACUUUUCCUGCGGGAGUGGAAAAUGUGUGCAUAACGUUUGCAAAGAUUGGGAUCAUGGAGCCGCUGAUGAGGAUUGUGACGACAGCGAAGACUGCAUGUAUCCCUUAGUAUGUGCCGCUGAUGGAACCUGCGCGGCCGCCAAGCUUGCUGGUGCUGAGUGUGAGGUAAACUCUAUCUGCGAGAGUGGAAAAUGUGUUCAUAACGUUUGCAAGGAUUGGGAUCACGGAGACUCUGGUGACGCUUGCGAUGACGCAUCUGACUGCAGCUAUGACAUGGAAUGUGAGAGUGAUGGAACCUGUGUACCCCGUGUGUGUGAUUCAAACUAUUCCUGCGGGAGUGGAAAAUGUGUGCAUAACGUCUGCAAAGAUUGGGAACAUGGAGCCGCUGAUGAGGAUUGUGACGACAGCCAAGACUGCAUGUAUCCCUUAGUAUGUGCAGCUGAUGGAACCUGCGCGGCUGCCAAGCUUGUUGGUGCUGCGUGUGAGACUAACUCUAUCUGCGAGAGUGGAAAAUGUGUUCAUAACGUUUGCAAGGAUUGGGAUCACGGAGACUCUGGCGACGCUUGCGAUGACGCAUCUGACUGCGAUUCUUGGGAUUCUUGGAACAACCUAAAGUGUGCACCUGAUGGAAUCUGCAGACCUCAGCUUGCUGGUGCUGAUUGUGAUUCUAACGAUCAAUGCUACUCAGAUAAAUGUGUGCAUAACGUUUGCGUAGAUUGGAGUCAUGGAGAAGCUGGUGACAAAUGUGAUGAAGACAAGGACUGCGAAGCUUGGCUUGGCUUAGUAUGUGGAAGUGAUGGAACCUGCGAAGCCACCCCAAAGCUUGGUAUCGGCGCUGUGUGUGUUUCUGAUGUUUGGUGCGAGAGUGACUAUUGUGAGAUUGAUGAAAUGCAAUGUAUCAUGAGUAGUUCUUGCGAAGGUGUUUGCCAAGAUGGAUAUCAUCCCUGA